GGCGCAGGCCGGCGAGGAAAGCACGUCACUUCCUGUUUCUUUAGGGGAACGUGGCUUUCCCCACAGCGCUCGUCUUCUCGUCUGCGUCUCUGCUGCAACUGCCGGAGCUGGAGUCGGACCCCGAGUGCAGCCUUGCCAUGGACUCAGCCCUCAGCGACCCGCAUAACGGCAGUGUCGAGGCAGGCGGCCAAACCAACGGCACGACGCGGCCGCCUUCCACGCCCGAGGGCAUCGCGCUGGCCUAUGGCAGCCUCCUGCUCAUGGCGCUGCUACCCAUCUUCUUCGGCGCCCUGCGCUCCGUGCGCUGCGCUCGCGGCAAGAAUGCCUCAGACAUGCCUGAGACCAUCACCAGCCGGGACGCUGCCCGGUUCCCCAUCAUCGCCAGCUGCACGCUCUUGGGGCUCUACCUCUUUUUCAAAAUAUUCUCCCAGGAGUACAUCAACCUCUUGCUGUCCAUGUAUUUCUUCGUGCUGGGAAUCCUGGCCCUGUCCCACACCAUCAGCCCCUUCAUGAAUAAGUUUUUUCCAGCCAACUUCCCAAAUCGACAGUACCAGCUGCUCUUCACCCAGGGCUCUGGGGAGAACAAGGAAGAGAUCAUCAACUAUGAGUUUGACACCAAGGACCUGGUGUGCCUGGGCCUGAGCAGCAUCGUUGGCGUCUGGUACCUGCUGAGGAAGCACUGGAUUGCCAACAACCUCUUCGGCCUGGCCUUUUCCCUUAACGGGGUGGAGCUCCUGCACCUGAACAACGUCAGCACCGGCUGCAUCCUGCUGGGCGGGCUCUUCAUCUACGAUGUGUUCUGGGUAUUUGGCACCAAUGUGAUGGUGACAGUGGCCAAGUCCUUUGAGGCACCAAUAAAAUUGGUGUUUCCCCAGGAUCUGCUGGAGAAGGGCCUGGAAGCGGACAAUUUUGCCAUGCUGGGACUCGGAGACAUCGUCAUUCCAGGAAUCUUCAUCGCCUUGCUGCUGCGUUUUGACAUCAGCUUGAAGAAGAACACCCACACCUACUUCUACACCAGCUUUGCAGCCUACAUCUUCGGCCUGGGCCUGACCAUCUUCAUCAUGCACAUCUUCAAGCACGCCCAGCCUGCACUCCUGUACCUGGUCCCCGCCUGCAUCGGCUUUCCUGUCCUGGUGGCACUGGCCAAGGGAGAAGUGACAGAGAUGUUCAGCUACGAGUCCUCAGCGGAAAUCCUGCCUCAUACCCCGAGGCUCACCCACUUCCCCACAGUCUCUGGCUCCCCAGCCAGCCUGGCGGACUCCAUGCAGCAGAAGCUAGCUGGCCCUCACCGCCGGCGCGCGCAGAAUCCCAGCGCCAUUGGAAGGUUCAAGAAGCUUAAAAUUGGUCUUCACAAGCCCAAGUCCAACCUCUCCCGUUUGCCGCUGCCCUUGCCACCUCUUGGCACCACCAGGCACAGAGAAAGCGGAGCAGACAGCCUGUCUGAGGAGGGCGCACAGCGGGGCUGGGCCAAAUCCUGGAAGGUGCUGGGCCGAGGAUUUAUGAGGAGUCAAAUCCUAAGGAUCCAGCAGCAGCGACAGAAUCCAAAGAGGGAACAGAGGCCUCGACAUCGAAGGGGCUGGAGAAGAAGGAGAAAUGAUGCGGCUGGUGCCUGACCCUGUGAGGGCCAGACACACGGGGUGGCGGGGUGGUCCCCCCACAUGGGCCCGCACGGCCGCAGUCCUGCUGAAGGGGAACGGCAGCUCCAGGAGCGGGGCAGGGGGCAGCAGGCUCCCUCCAACGGGGCCUCCGGGGCCUGGUUCCCUCUCCCCCUUCUCUGGCCUUGCUCUGCCCCUCCCCAUCCCUGCCCACCAAGGAAGCCCCCAAUUGCCCCCACCCCUCCCCAGGUGCCAGGUGGGAAAAGUGGGUCUGAUUUUUAGACUUUUGUAUUGUGGACUGACUUUUGCCUCAUAUUAAAAACUCAUCCCAUUCCCCAGGCAGCCCACUGUGCUUCUGG